CCGGGCAGAAAGGCCAAGGGUCCUACACAUUGCCCUUCCCACCGGAGCUCAGAGCCAGCUUGGGUGGCUGUCCCCAUCCCACAAGGGUCACUCACCCAGUGAAUGGCACCGUUCCUGCCAGGGCCAGCAGAAAUCCUGCAGAGCUGGUCCCGAUGUCUGCUACCUAUGUAUCUGCUUCAGAGGCUCACCUGUCAAGAUGUGUCCCCAUACCACUAAGUCUGGCAAGCCCAGCUUGGAUCGCCCCUCAUCCAGGAAGCCCUCCCUGCCUGACCCUCUGCACCCUCUCCUCCCUUGGACUUGGUGCUACUAUUGGAAGUGGUCUCCGUGUCUCCCCAGACCUGACCACAGGCAGCCUGAGCUGGCCUGGCCCUGGGUCCUCCGGGCGACUGACUGUGGUGCACCCUUUCCUCGGAGGCUCAGCCUCUGUCUGCUUGGUGGGGGUCAGUCACUGCUAGCCACUGCCCUUAUGAUCCUGCUCAGUGUCCCACUUCCCUGCCAUGUGAUGGAUCAGUGGCUGUUUGGGGCUCAGCUGGGUCCCCAGUGCCCAGUAUCAGGGCUAACACAGAGACAGAAGCUGCUGGACUCGCUGGCAGAGACCUGGGACUUCUUCUUCAGUGACGUGCUGCCCAUGCUGCAGGCCAUCUUCUACCCGGUGCAGGGCAAGGAGCCGUCGGUGCGCCAGCUGGCCCUGCUGCACUUCCGGAACGCCAUUACCCUCAGUGUGAAGCUAGAGGAUGCGCUGGCCCGGGCCCAUGCCCGCGUGCCCCCUGCCAUCGUGCAGAUGCUGCUGGUGCUGCAGGGGGUACAUGAGUCCAGGGGCGUGACCGAGGACUACCUGCGCCUGGAGAUGCUGGUUCAGAAGGUGGUGUCGCCAUACCUGGGCACCUACGGCCUCCACUCCAGCGAGGGGCCCUUCGCCCAUUCCUGCAUCCUGGAGAAGCGCCUCCUCCGCCGCUCCCGCUCGGGGGACGUGCUGGCCAAGAACCCGGUGGUGCGCUCCAAGAGCUACAACACGCCGCUGUUGAACCCCGUGCAGGAGCACGAGGCGGAGGGCGCAGCGGCCGGCGGCCCCAGCAUCCGCAGGCACUCCGUGUCGGAGAUGACGUCCUGCCCCGAGCCCCAGGGCUUCUCCGACCCGCCCGGCCAGGGCUCUGCCGGGGCCUUCAGGUCCUCCCCAGCACCCCACUCAGGGCCCUGCCCCAGCAGACUCUACCCCACGACCCAGCCCCCUGAGCAGGGCUUGGAUCCCACCCGCAGCUCCCUGCCCCACGCCAGCCCGGAGAACCUGGUGGACCAGAUCCUGGAGUCCGUGGACUCAGAUUCUGAAGGGAUUUUCAUUGACUUUGGCCGGGGCCGGGGCUCUGGCGUGUCCAACUUGGAGGGCUCUGGUGGCCGGCAGAGUGUCGUGUGAGGCCUCACAGCUGGCCUUGAGUUUUUACUGACACGUCCCCAUGUGCGGAGGUGUCCAUGUGGCGCGUGUGUGUGAGACUUUUUUACUCUGUGCCGUCCCGCCAGCCUUGGUGACCUCCUCACUGGCCUCAGUCGGUUUGUGUUUCUGUCUUGGUUGGAAAUACCAUCAGCCUCCUAGGCCCGGCCCAGGUCUGUGUCAGGCGGAUGAGUCAGCGUUACCUGGGGGCCUGGGUCAGGGACAGGGGUCGGCCGCUCGCUCCCACGUUCCUCCUGCCCCAGCCCUCUGGCGUCCACACCUGCCCGCAGAGAAUGUGAAUCUGGUGGGGUCUGCCCACGCCGGGCCCCAGAGUGACCAGACUCCAGCACACCUGUCUCUUCCUGCCUGGGGUGGCCAUGGGGAUGGAAAGGGGUGGAAUAAAACCUGUCGACC